AUUCAGGAAGCAUUAUCGGUCGUGAGUGAGGACCAGUCGUUGUUUGAGUGUGCCUACGGAACACCUCACCUGACCAAGACGGAGAUGACCGCAUCCUCCUCCAAUGACUAUGGACAGACGUCCAAGAUGAGUCCCCGCGUCCCUCAGCAGGACUGGCUGUCACAACCCCCAGCCAGGGUCACCAUCAAGAUGGAAUGUAACCCCAACCAGGUGAACGGCUCAAGGAACUCCCCUGAUGAAUGCAGUGUGACAAAAGGUGGGAAGAUGGUGGGCAGCCCAGACACGGUGGGGAUGAACUACGGCAGCUACAUCGAGGAGAAGCAUAUUCCACCUCCAAACAUGACCACAAACGAGCGCAGAGUUAUCGUCCCUGCAGAUCCUACGCUAUGGAGUACGGACCAUGUCCGGCAGUGGCUGGAGUGGGCAGUGAAAGAAUACAGCCUCCCAGACGUGGACAUCUUACUGUUCCAGAAUAUCGAUGGGAAGGAACUGUGCAAGAUGACCAAAGACGAUUUUCAGAGGCUCACCCCGAGCUAUAAUGCUGACAUUCUUCUCUCCCAUCUCCACUACCUCAGAGAGACUCCUCUUCCACAUUUGACUUCAGAUGAUGUGGAUAAAGCCUUACAAAACUCUCCGCGGUUAAUGCAUGCUAGAAACACAGGGGGUGCAGCUUUUAUUUUCCCAAAUACUUCAGUAUAUCCUGAAGCUACGCAAAGAAUUACAACUAGGCCAGAUUUACCUUAUGAACCACCCAGGAGGUCAGCCUGGACUGGUCAUGGCCACCCCACACCCCAGUCGAAAGGUACAAUGUUGGCUCCCACAGCCUUGAAUGUGCAUGCCACAGAUCCCUAUCAGAUUCUUGGACCAACAAGUAGCCGCCUUGCAAAUCCAGGGAGUGGACAGAUUCAACUCUGGCAAUUCCUCCUGGAACUCCUGUCGGACAGCUCAAACUCCAACUGCAUCACCUGGGAGGGCACCAACGGGGAGUUCAAGAUGACAGACCCCGAUGAGGUUGCCCGGCGUUGGGGAGAACGGAAAAGCAAACCCAAUAUGAACUAUGAUAAACUCAGCCGUGCCCUCCGUUACUACUACGACAAAAACAUCAUGACCAAAGUUCAUGGGAAACGCUAUGCAUACAAGUUCGACUUCCAUGGAAUCGCCCAGGCCCUCCAGCCCCACCCUCCAGAAUCAUCUCUGUACAAGUACCCCUCAGACCUCCCUUACAUGGGCUCCUAUCACACCCACCCACAGAAGAUGAACUUUGUGGCUCCCCACCCCCCAGCUCUACCAGUGACAUCUUCUAGUUUUUUUGCUGCCCCCAACCCCUACUGGAAUUCACCAACUGGAGGUAUCUAUCCUAACACUAGGCUCCCAGCCAGCCAUAUGCCUUCUCACCUGGGCACUUACUACUAG